AUGGGAGUGCCAAAGUUUUAUAGAUGGAUCUCGGAAAGGUAUCCAUGUUUGAGCGAAGUCAUCAAUGACACGGAGAUCCCAGAAUUCGAUAAUUUGUACUUGGAUAUGAACGGAAUUAUACACAACUGCUCUCACCCUAAUGAUGACGAUGUCAACUUCAGGAUCUCUCAAGAGCAGAUUUUUGCUGACAUUUUUGCUUAUAUUGAUAAGUUGUUCAACAUUAUUCGUCCCCAAAAAGUAUUUUUCUUGGCUGUAGAUGGUGUGGCUCCGAGAGCCAAGAUGAAUCAGCAACGUGCCAGAAGAUUCAUGUCUGCGCGGACGGCAGCUGAGCAGGAACAAGCGCAUAUGCGUAAAGGUCUAGAGUUGCCUAAAGAAAAGCGGUUUGACUCCAACUGCAUCACUCCAGGCACAGUUUUCAUGGCGGAGCUGCAUAAAGCGCUCUCAUCCUGGUUGAAUAGCAAGGUUGAUAAAGAUCCUGCCUGGCAUAACAUACGGGUAUACUUGUCCGGACAUGAUUGUCCCGGUGAAGGUGAACACAAAAUAAUGGAGUUCAUUCGGCAUGAGAGAAUAGCACCUGGAUACGACCCCAAUACUCGACAUUGCAUGUAUGGUCUCGACGCUGAUUUGCUGAUGCUUGGCAUAUGUUCACAUGAACCUCACUUUUCAUUACUGAGAGAAGAAGUGAAGUUUAGUCGGCCGCCGAAGAAAACUGGAGCCUCAUCUGCUCAUAGAACAAAUCCAUCUCAAAUCAAGUUUCAUCUUCUGCAUCUUUCUCUACUCAGGGAGUACCUUUCAUGGGAAUUUGAUCCUCUCAAGACGUCGUUACCCUUUCCCUAUGAUAUUGAUAGAAUUGUGGACGAUUGGGUUUUGAUGGGUUUUCUAGUUGGAAAUGAUUUUAUUCCUCAUCUUCCACAUGUUCAUAUUCAUGAUGAUGCACUUCCUCAGCUAUAUCAGACGUAUAUUCAAGUGUUACCAACUUUAGAUGGCUACAUAAAUGAGUCUGGAAUUCUACAUUUGAAACGGUUUGAAGUGUUCCUGAAAGCAUUUGCUGCAAACGAUCGUAGACAUUUCCUUCAAGUAAUGGAAGAUAUGAGUUAUCUGCGAAGCAAGAGAUGUGAUCCAGCAGAAGGGAUUAUCGAAGAGUCAUCUACGUCCAGCAAUGAGUCUAGCGAUGAGGUCGAGGAGACAACAGAAGAAUCACUUGAUGAUGAAGCCGCUUUUGUUAGCAGUGAUGAAGACGAAGAAAUCGCUGUUGAAAUCGCUAAUCGAAUACCAGAUGGUGGUCUUCCGUCUGCGUCGUAUCUCUUGACCCAUCUGAAUAGUGAUGAUGACCAAGAUGAGAGCGAACUUUGUGAAGCACUCAUGGCGGCCGAAUUAAGGGAAAUGGACGACAAAUUGUUUGAGAAUGAUGUAGAGAACUGUUGGACUAAGAGUGUGAGUAACUCAUUUCGUCGGCACAAGCGGGAUUACUAUCGUGAAAAGCUGCAGUGA